UAUAUUCCAUGAAGAUGUCGCCUAUGAAUUUCGCUCCGUGUGUCAGUGGCAAACAAGUGCGCAUUAAUCAAGUGAAAAGUGUAUCAUUUUGAACCGCGUCAUUUCUUUUUUGAUUUUCUAAAGGAAAGAGGAAAAGAUUGACGAAAUAAUUUCGAAUUCUGUCGGAAAAUUAUUUUUUACUUUCGGGCACAAGCAUAGCCUUCAAAUUCUAUCAUUUUUGUUGUGACUGAGCGAUUCGUACUUACCUCGUUACAUCGUUGGAAGCAAAAUGUUGAAAAAUUAUAUGAGUGCGUGAAACAAACUGACUGAUGAAAAAAUGGCGGUCGUUUCUAAUGCGUUUCGGCGGGUAACCAGAGCAAGGGAUGCCGGGAAAAAUCUUGCAAACGUCGUCCAAACUGUAGUGGAGCAAGGGAUGCCGGGAAAAAUCUUGCAAACAUCGUUCAAACUGUAAUAGAGCAAGGAAUGCCGGGAAAAAUCUUGCAAACGUCGUCUAAACUGUAAUAGAGCAAGGGAUGUCGGGAAAAUUCUUGCAAACGUCGUUCGAAGUCCUGCGUAACAAACAGUAGCUGAAGGCAUAGUAAAUGGAGAAUACAAUUACAAAUAUCCAUGUAAUUGUUGAAUGUUAAGAUUUCCAAUUGGAAUGGACUGUCAGAAUUAACUGUGAUCCUUCUCUUUUACGAGUAAAUGAAAUUAUUGUUAAUUGCAGCAGGAGAAUUGAGAAUAAAUCUAUUAAAUAAAUGCUGUGAGACAUCGUUGAUUUUAAGAAUUCAAGAAUUAAACGGAGAUCUUUCAUAAUCAUUUCAACUGGUCAGAAGAAUUGACGUUCUAUUUAUAAUUAUGAUCUGGAAUCGAUAUUCUGAUCGAACCCGAAAAAUUGUAAUACCGCUCAGAACCGCGGUUCCCUGAUGGUCGAGCGAUGGCGCAGAGAUGCCGCCUAUGCACGGGCGUAUCCACGAGGCCGCAUUCGCGCGAGGGGAAGACCGGACGAAGCGAAACAGCCUGCGAGAAGGCCGCGUCGAGAGCGAGAGAACAGCGAACGGAUCGACAAAGCCAGAGCCUAGACGUGGAGACUGAAGAAGAGAGGGAGAAAGAAAGAAAGACAGACCGCAGCGUAAUAAGAAGGGGGCGAAGAGAUGCGACAAAGACCGCGCAGAGUAUCCUCCACGCCGUCGUUACGUCCGUGCACACACGUGAACAUACCUGUGCGACGUCGGUGUAGAUCAGGUCGCGAAUCCGCGGCGCGGUCGCGGCAGAGAAACAUAGAAAGCCAGGGCGCCGCCACUGGGUGCUGUGAGUGAGUGUGGCCGGCGCGCGGUGGUUCGGCCUGGGCCGAGUCGAGUCGAGCGGAGUCGAGGGGAGUCGAUCGGAGUCGAGUCGACUCGACUCGAGUCGCAAGUCACCUCCGCUCACCUCACGGCGCACUCGACUUCAGUCCGCGCUCGAGUCGUGCACCACGGAACACGCGAGAGUUAGCCGGGGCCGGCUGCCGCGAUCGAGUUGGACGCACGCGCUCGACCAGCCAAUCGACCAGAGAUCAACGAUAGACAGGACCACCGCACGUUCCGUGCCUGGAUCGCGUUGACCGUCGAUCGAUCGACGUUUAAAUUAGAACGAACUAGGAAAUUCUAAUUGGAAAUUUGAAUUACUUUUGGGAGUACGCGUGAGAUAGAUAUACAAAGAAAGAGAGAGGGGGAGAGAGAGAGAGAGAGAGAGAAACUGGAAAGAAAAAAAAAACGCUAGAAAAGAGAUUUUCGUCGGGACGGAGAAUUCUCGAUGGAAGAAUUCGAAUAGUGGCGUGAAUCUCACGCUAAAAAUCAACGCAUAACGCGCUUAAAAUCACCGACCGCCGUUGUAUUAUGUCACACUCCCACGCGAGCGACGGCCGCCGCUGCCGGCACGACGGUGAACCGAGCCAACGUCGUCGUCGUUUGACAUUUCCACGAGCGCGGAGCAGUUAACGCGAAUCACGGGUGUUCGUGCGACCGUUCAUGCCGCUAUUUUGUGCACGCAUCGGCCGAGCCAGUGUUGUGCUACGUCGCGAUCACAUCGUCAUCUCAGUCAUCAUUGUCGUCGUCAUUGUCGUCAUCGUGAUCAUGGUCAACGGGUGACGAACCAGCCGUUCGUAGUCGUGAUACUAUAUAUAUAUAUAAGCGAGCGAUUUCCACGAGAAUCUCGUUAUCAGGCUCUCAGCGACUUACCUGGUGACUUAUUACUCGCGAUCGGUCCUGGCGUUUCCUACACGCCGUCCGUGUACGUGAGUACGUAUACGAGCGCAUGACACACGCGGCUGUCGAUCGUAAACGCUCGCCGAUCGCUUCACGGAAUCGUGAAAGAGAUCGUCGACGCUCGAUACGGUACAAGACUUCGUUGGUGUUCCUUUCGAAUCAGCCAGUGCAAUUCAUCGAGACAAUUGUGGGAAAUUAGAAGAUCCCGAAGUGAAUCGACGAGAAGAUUAAACGUGUAUCAUCCGAGGAGCACCCAGGAGACUAUAAGUCGUCUGGCGCCAGAGGGAGAAAAACGAGGGAAGAUUCGUCGUUGAUUUCUUCUCUGCUCGUCGAAUCGAAGACCGCGAAGACUCGAGUGCGAUGUUGAACGUUUCGGUACGUAGAACGAACGAUAAUCACGCGUGUGCGUUCCGUUGCGGUUCACGUUGUUCAGAUCCGAUCGUAAUCGACGCGACGGGGGAAGUGAAUCGAUCGUAAACGGUGUAUAAAAGUAAAAGGCCGGAGGAGCAAAUAGAGGACUAGUGUCACAACGCGUGUGAAAUGGAUGGUACGCCAAAGAAAAUCGAAGCAGUGUUAAUAUAUGGAUGCCCAUGGGUGGAAUUUGGCCGAGAUGUGCCAGCGUUACCAUCACGCUGUACCGGCAGCCCAAAAUUCUUCGCCAGCUAGGGAUCCCUCGGCUGCCAUCGUGCAAGGCUUGUCAACGGCUACGCACAUCGACCAGGCUAGUCCCUCUUACUCCCAUUACACGAUGCUGGAUAAUUAUGACAGGGGUGAGGUGACACCACCGCCGGUGAGCAGUUAUGGCGGCUCCCCUGGACUCUUGGCACUUCAUUCCUCGCUUUAUGCGACACCUACGUCGAGGGCCUACGACAUCGAGUCGAACAUUGACGGCAACGACAGUUCCAUGCCCAUCGAUACCCAAAUCAUUUCGAUACCGGGAAUGUUGAGCGGCCCGGCGCAACAGCGGCUGGAGGACAUGUCCUGGCUGGCUUCCGGUCCGUCGUUGGAGUAUCAACAAGGCAUCUCGCCGAUUCCCGCGGGAGUGAAGAUGUGCCAUCCAGGCAGUACCGCUCAAAGGAGCCUGAAGGAGCAACGGAUACGUCGCCCGAUGAACGCGUUCAUGGUCUGGGCAAAGGUCGAGCGCAAGAAAUUGGCCGACGAGAAUCCUGAUCUCCACAACGCCGAUCUCAGCAAGAUGCUCGGGAAAAAAUGGCGAGGGCUGACCCCGCAGGACAGAAGGCCGUACGUCGAGGAAGCCGAGAGGCUGAGGGUCAUACACAUGCAGGAACACCCGAACUACAAGUACAGGCCGCGGCGCAGGAAACACGCGAAGAGGGCCCCGGGGGCGCCAUCCUCCCCGCCGUCCGCGACCAACACCACGGCCAACAGGUCCAACCCCUCUGGUACCACGAUUCAUCAUUCCAUGUCCAAGAUGGACAGUUAUCAAGGCAUUCCUCAGAUCCCAUGGGGCGGCCAUUCCCCGAUCUCAUCCCUGUAUCACCAGCAGCAGCAGCAAGGUAUCCAGGAGUACAAAUCGGAGAGCAAUUCCUUGUACGGUAGUCCUUAUACGCCUAUUAUUCACACACCGGACAUAUCUCCAGUUGCCAGUCCCGAGCCAGAUGGUGACGGAACGCAUUUGCCAUCCAAUCAAAAUCCAGAUCCUGAACGAGAUCUAAUGGACGGUUCAACGAAGCAACACGGUGAAAUGAGCGAGCAAACGAAACGAUAUACAUUCAUGAGUACCGAUAAUCAACUGCACACGGGUCAUGCUGGUGGUACUAGCAUAUCGUCGUGUCAGAAUUCUGGUGCUUACACAGAUACUCUGACUUACAAAAAAUCAGUGAGUUAUUUAAAUUUCGAGAGACAACCGUCGAGCAUAGCCGCGGUGGGUAUAGCGAACGGAAUGAUGGUAUCGUGCAAUAAAUUGCGCUCCGGAUUUGAGAAUGUUGGCUCUGUGACGGGGACUUUUUAUCCGCCGGUCGCAUCCCCGCACGAUCAAUCGUUACAGCACUACACGAGCACCCAAUCCUCGAAGACUGCCAACUAUUCGAUGCAGUCCACCGUCGAGAGCAACUAUAAUCCAGUUCAGUGUGCCAAUCGACAACAGUCCAUGGGGAUUCGUGGAGCCGCUGAAGGCUGUUCUGGUGUACCCCACCGGUACCAAAUGAGUCAUCAUCAGGAGUACCAAACGGAGGGAACUAGCGCCGGUCAACAGCAUCCGAUUCUGGGUCACAUGGAGGCAGCGAUGGCAACCACCGCCGAGGACGAGCAACAACAGACGUUACAGCUGGAGAAGUACUUCAAAUAUUCGCACUCGGCCAGCGUGGCGCACACCAGCCUCACCUCGCAGAAUCUCCUCGACAGUAACCACAAUUACGCCAGCGAUCUGCGUUACUACACGCCGCAGCAGACGCAGCUGGACAUGUCGAACUCUCAGUGUAUCGUCGACGAUCAGACGAAGGACGCUCGAUGCUCGAACGUGGCCAUAGGCCACGCGAUGGAUCAGUAUCACCAGGCUAUGGACGUGACCAAGUAUCCGGAGCAUCAACAGCAGCAACAACAGCAGCAACAACAACAGCAGCAGCAGCAACAACAACAGGCGCAACAGGGCCAACAAUCGCAGAGUAUCGAGCAUGUUUCCAAGGCGGACGACGAUUUCAGUGUAAUACUUGCCGACGUGCGCAAGACUUGUUACAGUAGCUAGUGUUUCGGCUAGAUCAGAGCUGUCUGUAGGGGGAUACCGAGGAAUUAUAACCAGCGCGGACAAUGCGGCUUUCGAACCGAUUCGAUAAUCUUGCCGAAGCAAGCAUUCAUGUUUCUGUAUUUUCCUGUAUUUCCUUUUUUUUUUUUUUUUGCUUUAUGUUAAUACCAAAAUAUAACGAAGAAUGUAUUUAUUUUGUCAGACUGUAAAUAGAAGAAUGGGCAAUAUUUUCGAUACGGGAUCGCGCGAACGUUGCUUUUAAUUACCUAAUCGAUCAAAAGAACCGCAUCCUCCGAACUGGCUGUCAGAGAGAUCGCUUUAGAAUUACGUAACUAUGAAACGGUGAGAUUGUCAGUGGGAUCAACUACUCGUGCGUCACUUUUUAGUGGUUUAGCUUGAAAUUCGUAUCGAUGAGUACCUACACCACGAAACGUUGGUGCCGAAGUGAAUUUCGAAGAAGAAACACUAUUAUUACUUGUAUCGUUAGGCAAGCGAGGAAACAUUAUUCUUGCUUAUAUUAUUAGGCAGGUGAUCCACGAGACAUGCCGCGUGUACGAAAUUUAUUUUAGUGCAAAGCUUGUAACAUGGUUUCUUGUCAUCGAUACGGAUUUUAACCCUCAUUCGUUCCUCGUUUUUCCAAUCUUAAUUUGUCCCUUGGUGUCGAAUUGACGAAAUAAUUGAUAGAAAAGAAAAAGUUUAAUGCCUGAAUUGAAAAAAUAAAUAAUUAAAUUUAGAAAUUCUUUUAGUGAUGAUAAACAGACUAAAUUGUAUUUAAUUACGUGUAAGAGUCGCAAAACUCUUACUCUCGCGUAUAAAUUAAUCUCAUAUCGUGAUUUUAUCUUCUGCAGUUUUGUCUAACGUUAUAAUCAUUUAUUUUCGACUUGUCACAAUUGAAUGUAUACUUGUAACAUAGUAUAAUUAAUUAGAAGACAACGUGUUGUUCACCAACAGCCUAGAAAACGAAUAUUAUUUGCAACUCUGACGGCAUACUUUUUUUUUUUAUCAAAAAUGUCAGUAAUAUAUAUUAUAUGUUAUAUAUUAAAAAUAUACCUCUACAAUAUGACAUUUUACAAGAGAAGUGUAUCAAAUUAACAUAAGGGAUAAAUGAGAAUUAGGCGACAAUUAAAAAGUGGGACAAGAGUAGUUAGUUCCACCGACCAUAGUCCAACCAUAGUUUUGUGACGUAGUUCUAAAGUAGUCUGUCUGAAUUAGAAUUAAUGUUAAUCAAUACAAAAAAAUCGAAUCUUGUGCUUGUUAUUAUACUGGGCAUUGCAAGCAUUGAAUACUCAAGUCUGAUGAAGAAUGAAAUUCAAUAUAUUGCAGAAGAUAGACGGAUGUAAGAGGUAGGUGAAAACGUAUUAAACACAAAUUUUGUGUAUAUCUGUUAUCUUUUUUUAAAUAUUAAUUUAUUGAUAAAAGUUUGUGUUGCAAUGUAGCAAACACGUAAAUACAUAAAUGUACGUACGAUCGAAAAGGAGUAGGUAGUGAUUGUUUUAGUGAAUCCUUUAACCAGGAAUGGCGAGUUAAUUCGUUGUUAAAAGGUUGGGAAAUCUUUAAAGUUUCGUGAUAAGUUAACUCAUCGUUUCCGAUUAAUCCUUCAGAAAUUAUAUCUGUGCACUGUACUGACUUUAUUAGAAUUUAUUCCAACAAUACUAAAUCACUGCCAAAGUUACGAAAAUAAUUUUUAAACUUGUCUAGUUAUUAUUAAUGUAAUUUAAAUUUAUGAGGAAGUCCAAGUCAUCAACAUCAGACAUCUUUUCUGAAAGAUCAAAGGAUUAGAAACAAAGGUAAAAUCCUUGAGUACUUAAUAUUUGUAGCGUCUGUUAUGGUGAACAAUCUUCGACUCUCUGUAGCAAAGAUCUCUCCCGUGGACAGCCCUGUCCUAGAUAGUCUUUUUUGACAUGGGUGAUCUAUCCCUCACGGCUGUAGAAAAAAAAUUAGUCUGCUAGUGUCUACGAAAAAUCCGGUGCUUAUACACAUUUCUGUACACACUUCCGGUGCUAAUGUUCUUGAUCACCAGGUGUGGUUGGAAGACGAUAAAGAAUUGACAGUAGCUUCUUACUUCCUGUUUUUCAUUCAGUUCUCAUUCGUUUAAAAUAUUUUCAAAAUUGAUUCUUGAAGAUUCUUUUCUUACGAAUGAAUCUUACGAAUCAUUAAUUUAUUUAUUCUUUCUUUUAUCCUACUGCACUUAUCCAUUGUAUGGAUAAUAACACAUAUGCUUUAAAGCAAAAAUCCGUUUAUCUGAACUCGUUCUCAAACUUGUUCUUCACAUCUUUUCAUUUUAUUUUUAUUUCCGUUUUCGAACAUUUUACAUUUGAAUGGAUAAUAAUCUUACAGUGGAACUCCAUUUGUUUGAACAUACUGGAGAACAAAACUAUGUAUAAUUCGAAAUUCACCAAUUUUCCUCAUCUGUCUAUUCCAUUCACGUGAUGAAAACUCACGUUCAGGCUAGUAGAUUCAGUCGAUAAAAGUUCAGUUAAUCAGACAUUGGAAUCUCAUUUUAAUAAAUGGACUUCCGAUAAACGAUAUACUGUAGUUUCUUUUUUUAUUCGGUCGCGAUUCCAAAAAUUAUUCUGGCUCAAUAUUCUUGAAUACAUAAAAUCCUGACGCGUAAUGGCCAUGUACAUGUAUACAUGUAUUAUAUAUAGAAUGAAAAGUAUUUCAGACUAAGAUACAUGUCGCGCAUUAUCUUCUUUGGGAAGGGAGUGAAAUGAAUAUAGAGCAUGAAGAUUUAACCGAUCCCCAUUAGAAACAAUUGUGCACCUCAGUUAAGAGUUAUUUAUUACAAACAGAGCACCUGUCACUGUGCUUGAUUUAAGGUGACGAAAAUAAUGCGGCGAAGCAUUUUAGACCACGACGUAUGACAAUGGCGAGCUAUAUAAUACAAAACGUGUUGAAAUCGUAAUUUUGUUUCUUUUACCGAUAUUACUUUACUCGAUCCAACAUCGAGCGACAAUUUGGAUAAAUCGAGCAUAACUUCGAGAUUAACGUGAUCAACGUGAUCAAGGCGCAAAGAAUUUUCGAAGAUUAAGAAAUUUUGUCUUCAUUGAAUUUUAUUGAAAAUAAUGUGAAAAAGAUAGAUAAAAUCCAAAUUAUAGCGCUUUCUGCAAUAUCCGGUACAUGUAACAGUUUUCUACUUAUUAAUAUCCAAUUUUUUAACUAUACUCACAAAAUAUGAAUCCGCAACCUAACGACAAUGAACGUACGUGUAAAUGUAUUGAUAAUUACAUUCUGGAGUCGUAAAGUUUCAAAAAUGCAUAAACAUUCCCCGUCUGAUUGUAAUAAAUACUCUGCUUUGGAUAUUUCGUAUAUUUGGAUAUUAUUCAGUUCUCGUUAUUGCGUGAAAUUCCUCACAAACGCAUGAAAGUCCGCAGCUGUCACGGUUGUAGCAGUUCCACGCGAUUUGUAUUUAAUUUACAGGAUCAUCGACGAUCGAGGCGGCCGAUGUUCGGUGACAGAAUCGUAGCAAUUGAAAGCAUUAUUGUUGAACUAUUUUUAUCCACCUAUGCACUCAUGGUACAGCAUGGCACUGUAUAUUUAGAGAAUAUCUGCAUAUUUCACCGUCGAGAAUAGAUCAAACAAUUUUCUCUAGAGGAUUAAAUGAUGUAUCGGCUUCUCGGUAGCAAUGCUGACCACUUAACGAGAGAGAACGAAAUGAUAGCUGCAUCGUUUCUCACUAUCUCAUCUCGGCGAUGAUUUUACAGAAACGACGUCCAUUUUUUAGAGUAACAAUUUAGUCAUCUUAUUUAUAACGCACACUUCAAAAUUGAGAUACUUACAAUUAAUGUAAAUGAAACAUAUAUAUAUAGAGCGAGAGAGAGAGAGAGAGAGAUAUGUAUGUAUGUAUACAUAUAUAUUUUUACGACGAUAAUUUAGAAUAUUUUGUGAAAAAUGCUUAUUUAAAAGAAGAAAAAAAAAAAGACGAUGUUAAUCGAAGUACCUUGUUUCUAAUAAGCGUACGAAGCUUUCUUUCUUUUAAUGCCUCCUCCGGCUGGCUAUUUUACAUGUGUAUAAGCACGAUCUCCUUACUCCCCUGUCUGUUCUUCAGAUGACUGAACGAAAUUCUCGCUGUAAAUGUAGCACAAAAAUAGCAGAACGAUCGUUUCUUUUCUUUCCUGUUUUUUUUUUUUGUCUUUUUUUUUUUACUCACGUAAGCUUCUACUUUCAUAGUUUUUAAUACUCUAUGUAGCAUACGAUGAUACGUAUAUGUAGCGUGGCAAUAAACGUGGAUAUUUUGUCGUUCGAACCUCGAUUUUGAAUACACUUGCGUUUAGCGAUUUGGAAUUUAGGUGACGAGAAUGUAAAGAACGCUGGAGAGAGUACUAAAUUAUUAUGAUUAUUGUAUCGUACUUAAUAGAGACAAUUAUCAACAACA